AUGUGGAAAGAAAACAUCACCAACAUUAGCGAGUUCAUCCUUGUGGGCUUCCCUACUGCCCCUUGGCUGCAGAUUCUGCUCUUCUUCAUCUUCCUCAUCACUUACCUGUUGGUGCUGUUAGAGAAUUUGGUCAUUAUCCUCACUGUAUGGGUCACUGGGUCCCUGCACAAGCCCAUGUACUAUUUUCUGGGUACAAUGUCCUUUCUAGAAGCCUGGUAUAUAUCUGUCACAGUCCCUAAGAUGCUAACUGGAUUCCUACUUCAUCCCAAUACCAUUUCCUUUCUGGGAUGCAUGACCCAACUCUACUUCUUCAUCUCACUUGCCUGCACUGAAUGUGUGCUUUUAGCUGCCAUGGCUUACGACCGUUAUGUGGCCAUAUGUUGUCCGCUUCGCUAUCCUGUCAUGAUGACCACAGGCUUUUGUGUACAGCUGACUAUUAGUUCCUGGGUUAGUGGCUUCACCAUCUCCAUGGCCAAAGUUUACUUUAUCUCCCAGGUUUCUUUCUGUGGCAAUAACAUCUUAAAUCAUUUUUUCUGCGACGUGUCACCUAUUCUCAAACUGGCCUGCAUGAACUUAUCUAUGGCAGAGAUAGUAGACUUUGUGUUAGCAAUUGUCAUACUUGUGUUUCCUCUCUCAGCCACUGUUCUUUCCUACGUCUUCAUCAUCUCUACCAUCCUACACAUACCCUCAGCCACUGGACAGCGAAAGGCCUUCUCUACCUGUGCAUCUCAUCUUACAGUGGUCAUCAUCUUCUACACUGCUGUGAUUUUCAUGUAUGUCCGACCUCGGGCCAUUGCUUCAUUUAAUUCUAACAAACUGAUCUCAGCAAUAUAUGCAGUCUUCACUCCCAUGCUCAACCCUAUCAUCUACUGUCUGAGGAACAAGGAAGUCAAGGAUGGCAUUAGGAAAACCAUAGCAAGUGGACAAGCCCUUUUCUUGAGAGAUCCCCCUUGCUGA